CGCGGGAAGUCGAUUAGUAAUGAAAAACUUCGUUACUUAUUUUUAUGAUUAAGCUUAAUUAUUUCUUUAUUUAAUUUUAAUCAAAGACUGAAAUUGUGAUCCAUCAAAAAUGGCAGACGGUCUGGAUCAUUUAGUCGUCGAUGGUAACGAAAUAUUAGAAAUGAAGUUAGUUAGGACAGUAGAAGAUUUGGAAAAUGAUGACACAAGUUUCGCGCCGGAAAUGUGUCAUCAAGUUUUUGGAGAAAAUGAAAAUAUUUUUGGUUACAAAGACCUGCAAAUAAAACUUUAUUAUACCGCGGGAAGUCUAAGAACAUACCUUUCAAUUACAUACUCAGAUAAGAUAGAUCCAAAGAAAUCAGACGGUUUAAAAGCAGAUGACAUAGAGGGUGCCUUAAAGAAUGUGCUGGCGCCUGGAUUUCUUACCAAUUUAGAUGUCUUUGUAUCUAAAUUACACAAGGAAAAAUCUUUUACUCCAUAUGGCGACCUUAUCUAUUCUUUUACAACCUCAAAAGAUGGUGGUGAGCCCAGAACAUUUGAGAUUUAUUAUUGUGAGGUAUCAACUCGUGGAUUUUUACAAUUUCAUCGAAGACUGCAGACUUUUCUGUUGUGGUAUAUAGAUGCAGCUUCCUUCAUUGAUACAGAUGAUGACCAAUGGACAUUCUUCUUAGUAUUCGAGAAGUACAACACAAGCGAAGGGCGCCGGUACGCGACGGCGGGCUACUCCACGGUGUACCGCUACUAUGCCUACCCGCAGAACAAGAGGCCGCGCAUUGCCCAGGUCCUUACCCUACCGCCCUUCAGGAGGAUGGGCAUUUGUGCUCACAUGUUGAAGGCCAUCUACUCGCAUUUUAUAGCUCGACCUGAAGUGAUUGAUAUGACAGUCGAAGACCCAUCAAAAGAUUUUCAGAGAGUAAGAGACUAUGUGGACGCCAAAAAUUGUGAAUCUCUGCCAGCAUUUCAUCCUUCUAAACUAGUAAAUGGAUUUACCGAUGAAAUGGCGAAAGAAGCAUGCGAGAAAUAUAAAAUAAAUAAAUUGCAAGCAAGACGUGUUUAUGAAAUACUCCGCUUGAAAAAUACUAAUACAUCAGAUAAAAAUGCCUACUUGAAAUAUAGAUUGAAUGUUAAAAAUAGACUUAAUGCACCUUUCCAAAAAAAGAAUUUAGAAAUGAAGAAGCUGGAGAAGGUCCUAAAGCCACACGAAUAUGCGGCGACGGUCAGUUCUAGCGGCCCCUCGGAGACUCACGCGCGCCUAUCCACAACUUAUUUGGCGCUUGAGGAAGAGUACCGCCGCGUUGUGCAUCGCCUCGAAAACGACAUCUAACUACAUCCAACGUCAUCUAUAACAAGUCGGCAUAU